AUGACUGUGUGGAAUCUUACUUUUCUAUACACAAAUAUCAUUGCAUAUUGGGGAACUGAUCACUCCACAUCUUGGGGUAAUGAUAACUCCACAUCUUGGGGUACUGAUAACUCCACAUCUUGGGGUACUGAUAACUCCACAUCUUGGGUAACUGAUCACUCCACAUCUUGGAGUACUGAUCACUCCACAUCUUGGGGAACUGAUCACUCCACAUCUUGGGGUACUGAUCACUCCAAAUCUUGGGGAACUGAUCACUCCACAUCUUGGGGAACUGAUCACUCCACAUCUUGGGGUAAUGAUAACUCCACAUCUUGGGGUACUGAUAACUCCACAUCUUGGGUAACUGAUCACUCCACAUCUUGGAGUACUGAUCACUCCACAUCUUGGGGAACUGAUCACUCCACAUCUUGGGGUACUGAUCACUCCAAAUCUUGGGGAACUGAUCACUCCACAUCUUGGGGAACUGAUCACUCCACAUCUUGGGAAACUGAUAACUCCACAUCUUGGGGAACUGAUCAGUCCACAUCUUGGGGAACUGAUCACUCCACAUCUUGGGGUACUGAUAACUUCACAUCUUUGGUCCACAUCUUGGGUACUGAUCACUCCACAUCUUGGGGAACUGAUCACUCCACAUCUUGGGGUACUGAUCACUCCAAAUCUUGGGGAACUGAUCACUCCACAUCUUGGGGAACUGAUCACUCCACAUCUUGGGAAACUGAUAACUCCACAUCUUGGGGAACUGAUCAGUCCACAUCUUGGGGAACUGAUAACUCCACAUCUUGGGGAACUGAUCACUCCACAUCUUGGGGAACUGAUAACUCCACAUCUUGGGGAGCUGAUCACUCCACAUCUUGGGGAACUGAUCACUCCACAUCUUGGGGAACUGAUAACUCCACACAUUGGGCACUGAUCACUCCACAUCUUGGGGAACUGAUCACUCCACAUCUUGGGGAACUGAUCACUCCACAUCUUGGGGUACUGAUAACUUCACAUCUUUGGUCCACAUCUUGGGGUACAGAUAACUCCACAUCUUGGGGUAAUGAUCACUCCACAUCUUGGGGUACUGAUCACUCCACAUCUUGGUGA